UUCGUUGAAACGUACAGUUGUUUUGCGUAAAAACAAACACGCUAUAGCCAAACACAUUUUCUUAGUCUUGACAUAUAGUUUUGAUUUUAUUUUCGUUCUUUGUCAAGAAUAAGCCAUUUGAUAAACGAAUUUAUAUGGCUGUUUAAAAAGUGAAACGACAAAAUGUCUUGGAUGUAAUAAAAGAAAAAAAAACUUCCCGCACUAAAUCGAAAUUCUACAAAAGCAAGAGACGAAUUUAACGAGAAACAAACACACGAUAAAUUCACAUUUUUUUUUCAUUAUUCGAAACCAUUCGCUUUCUUAAGAGGUGUCAAUGAACGGACAACAUAUUUUCUGUUUCUGUCAGCGCUACAACUACCAAUAAAAUGAACUAAUAUGUAUUGAUUGAACAAAAUAUUGCGAUUGUAUUUUGCAUUGAUCUCCAAAAGUUGCACAGUUUUUGCUUAAUUGCAUCUCGAUUUUGCCAUUUUUGUUUGUUUGUGUUCAUUAACUUUGUAUUUAACGUUGAUUAAAGCUAAUUUUUGCAAAUUAAAACCAACUACAAAAACACGAUAAAAUCAUGGAUGUGUAUAACAUGUAUGUCGGUGAUUGUGCAUCAACUUAUCGAAAUAAUAUGUUUCGAGACUAUGAAAAACAUCCAUAUGGUACAUUCGAGGGGAAUGGUCAGCAACCUCAACAACAACGAAAGAGCUACUAUACGAUGGUUCAAGAAAAAUUGCAGCGAGCCCGAGAAAUGGCAAAGCCAAAAAAAGGUUCGUGCCCAUUUUGUAAAGAGGAGAAAAAGCGUCCAUUGAAUGUAUACAUGCGAAAGCGGUCACAGGAGAAAAACACUGGAAAAAUUUGCGAAGAAGACGAUGAAGAAGAUCAAUCAAAGUGCUGCUCGGGUUCGCACGAUGAACCUUCCACCAGCAAAUAGAAUUUGUUUUUUUCCAUCUUCAAAUCAAUUUCAGCGAUUGCACUUUAUUAACGGAAUUGUCUUUGUGACACAAUUUAAUUUAAUUAGUUUUGUAAGCGAAUGAAAAACGAAUUUUCCAUUUUCAUUAUCAACAAAAAUUUGAUGAUUGGUAGCUAACAUUCUUUUAGAAGAAUGUAACAAAAGACAGCUACGUUAAAUCAGUCAAUAUUCACCGAAUAUACCAACAAUUCAAACAAAAUCAUCUACAAGAAGAAAAAAAAACGAUCACCAAAAUUCUACAACAUCAGUCAGCUGAUAAAACGGUGAAUUCGAAAGAAAGACUGAUUGCCAUAAAUCAUAAAACAAAACGUGUCGACUAUACGCGUGGCGGCGAAUGGAAAAUACAGUUUUUUUUCUUUAUAGUUUGUAUGAUUUGUUAAUUACUUAGUAUAUAUAUUUUGAUUAUUUGUGUAAGAUACAGAAAUAAUUAUUGAUAAGAACGCUUUGUCUACAUUAGACUAUAUAACAUUUAUACAUUUUGAUAAAAUUUUGAUUUUUUUUGUCUUUCCGAUCAUGUGUUUUACAAGAAAAAAACACAUAUGCUUCAACAGAGAUAUAACAAAAAAAAAAAAAAACAAAUACAACGCCAUUCACCGUUUGAAGGUGUAUACGAAGUUGCAUCAAAAUUUUUACACACACAUACGCACUCUGUUAUUUCAUAUGUUUUUUUUUCAAUCAUUUCGAAUAAAUGCUGAUGUCUAAUCCGGUUUCGCUUUUCAAAAGUUUGAAGCCAAACGAAUCAGCGGUUUAGCUAAAACGCUCAGUUUAACUUUCAGUCUCUAUUCAAAUUUUUAGAUAUGUAUAUUAAAUAUAUAAAAGCAUAUUAUUAUAUACAAACUUAUACACAAUUUAUUUAAAAUGUUCAAUUUUUAAUGAAUAAAAUGGUAUAUGCAAAUAA